AUGUGUUUUGUGUCUCGCGACUUCCGGGUUCCGCUCACCUGUAACACCUGUGUUACAGCGCAGACUCAGUUCCGUCCCUCCGGUGCACCUGCUGCCAUGAUGACCGAGGAGCUGAGCGAGUUCACCGCUCCGAAGGGCGGCGUGGAAACUUCCCCGACGGUAAAAAGCGAGGAGAUGAGCACCGCGGAGGAGCAGCCCAUCUUCGCCGCGCUGGUGGGGGACACCUCCGCCACCGCCGCAGCCGCGGGGGAGAAGCCAGGCGGCGGGGCGAAGGCACCUGCUGCGACCGCUGUCAUGUCCACCACCUCCGACACCGAGUCCGGGAUCUUCUCCGGGGAGAGUGAGACGUGCGUGGAGCACGAGUCCGAACUGGACUGGUUCUGCGGGACCGAGUUGAAGCUGAUUUGCUCCCACUGCGCCAUUGUAGGCCCCUGCCACGGACACACCGUGACCCCCCUGGCCGACAGAGUCACCGCAGUCCGGAAUCAACUAGUGGACGCGUGUGAGAAAAUACAGCUGCAGGCGCUGAGGAUGGAGCGCUUCAUCGACCACACGCUUACUGUUAAGGAGCAAAAACUUCAGGUGGAAGCGAGCACUGCUCGGGAGCGGGUGGUGGCCCGGGUCAGUGCCGCCCGCGAGGCCCUAGAGGAGGAGGAGCAGCGCCUCCUGGAGGAGGUCCAGCGGGAGGAGGAGCGUGUGGAGCAGUGCCUCCUCACCCAGAGGGCUCACUGGGGCCAGGCCAUGGCCAGCCUCACGCAUACACGCGCCCGCCUGGUGCACACCCUAACCCACUCUCCUGAUGCACAGCUGGUGACGAGCAUUCAGGAGAUUGGUGAAAGAGUGGAGGAGGCUGAAGGCGUGGGCAAGCCGUGUGAUACAGAACAGCUCAACAUGAAGCCAGGCUGCAGUGACAGCCAGCUGCUCAGGGGAAUUUGGGCCUCCGCCAUGAUGCACAGACCAAACGUUUACAGUUUGUCCUCUUUAAAGUUUGAGGAACGCACCGCUAAUCCCCUCCUGUCGCUCUCCGACGACCGCUGUACUCUAACCUUCCUCCACAAGAAACCCCGCCAGCCGCUGCCUUACGACCCGGCGCGCUUCGACUGCUGGCCCAACGCCCUGGGCUCCCUCUCCGUGUCCUCCGGCACCCACAGCUGGGCGCUGGACGUGGGCCAGAGCGGCGCCUUCAAGGUGGGCGUCUGCUAUGCCGGCCUGCAACGUAAAGGCUCCGGGGACGAGGCCCGGCUGGGACACAACGACCAGUCGUGGGUGCUGUCCCACUACGACGGUGAGUACUCUUUCUGGCACGGAGGCGAGAAGGCGCCGCUGCGGGUGGCGAUGAGACCCCAGAGGGUGGGCGUUCUGCUGGACUGGCCAAGUCAGACUCUGCUCUUUUACGAGCCUGAGUCCGCCGCCGUCUUGCACUGCGUUACGCAUCACUUCUGCGCCCCCUUGCUGCCGGCGUUCGCCGUGACUGACCAAAGUAUAACCAUAUUACACUGACACUCCCAAAGCGCUCUAUAGCACAACAUAUGUCAACAAAGUGAAAGCAGGGAUGUUAUUCCAGUAAUCCCCUGCUAUUCAAUUAGCGGAAAAAAUGCAAGUAAUUAACCCCCCCCCCAAAUGUUUAUAAUACAGUGGUGCGUUGAGAUAUGCGUUUAAUUCGUUCUGUGGCCGCGCUUUUAUCUCAUAACACUAGUAUCUCAAAUCUUUACCCAUUGAAAUGAAUUGAAAUCCAACUAAUCUGUUCCAUAUCCCCAGAAAUGUAAAAAAAAAAAUGUCCAUGUUUUUUUCAUAAUAUUGCUCUCAGCAGUAUUGAACUGUGUAAAACACACAAUAAUAACAAUAACAGUUGUAACACAACUGUAUCUAAUGUAAUCUCCACUUCCUUGUUCUUCUUCUUCUGUGUGGUCUUUUGGCAGUUGGCAAACCAGCCUAAUGGCACAUUACUGCCUCCAACUGAUAGUAUCUGCCCACUGCUAGGAAGCCAAUAUGAAUUAAUGGUGGCCGGAUGUUGUGAUGUGUGCUGCCGCCAUCUAGUGGUUGGGGUCUGACGUGCACUCAGUCGAGAUGUAGCACUCCUUGACACCAAUGUACUUCUUUCUUAUUAGUAGACAGGGCUUUGGCGGCAUCUUAAGUUGUUUCAGGAGGAGCACACACAAAAAAAACGUGAAUUUAUUCUGUUUUUGUGCUCUCUCUGAAACGCCCUCAGUUGGUUUCAAGGAACUAUGUUGAAGUAAGGGGAGGAGCUUCUUGUUGACAGAAACAAAGUCUUGUCUAAAUCAAAAAAUAGCGGUUUGGUGCCAUCUUGUUGCAUCUACAGGCAAUUAUAAACCUUUUUGGGAGUGGGGGGUCAAUUAAUCAUUUUGUGCUAUUCACGACUGGGCUCGAUCGCUAUAGUGAAUAGUGAACGGUGAGUAUGCGGGGGAUUACCAUUAUCGUAGCUUCAGAUUGAAGAGUAGGCUUUGAUUAAUUCUUGAUGAUACAGUACUUUAUUGACGCAUAUUUGACUGAUUGACAUUUUUUACGUUCAUUUUUAUAAUCUGCCCAAUGCCAAGGCUGUUUGUACAAAAAUGUCAUUGUUUGUGUUGUGAGUAAAUGAAUGGUUAAAGUGUUUGUCUGCAGCAGUC